AAGCUGAGUCUGCCUCAUACACUCCUAGAGGACCGCCUCCAGAAUAGAGUUCUUUUCGCCCCUUCCUCCUUCUCCCAGCUCCUCUCCUGGCCUUUCUACCCGCCCAAUACAAUGCACACCCGAGUGGCAGCCCCAGAGAACUGAAGCAAACCAAAGACAGAGGACUGGAGCGAAGACACUUCUGGUGGGGAAGCUUGGAUGCCUGGCUUUCUUUGAGGUCAUCUUUGGAACAAGGGUGGCUUUGGGGUGGAGGGUCGUGCUGCAGGGAACCCAGCCAGGCCCCAAAAUGGACACUUCUGGGCACUUCCAUGACUCGGGGGUGGGGGACCUGGAUGAAGACCCCAAGUGUCCCUGUCCAUCCUCUGGGGAUGAGCAACAGCAGCAACAGCAACCGCCACCACCGCCAGCGCCACCAGCAGUCCCCCAACAGCCUCCAGGACCCUUGCUGCAGCCUCAGCUUCCGCAGCUUCAGCAGCAGCAGCAGCCGCAGCAGCAGCAGCAGCCGCAGCAGCAGCAGCAGCCGCAGCAGCAGCAGCAGCAGCAGCAGCAGGCUCCACUGCAUCCCCUGCCUCAGCUUGCCCAACUCCAGAGCCAGCUUGUCCAUCCUGGUCUGCUGCACUCCUCUCCCUCGGCUUUCAGGGCUCCUACUUCGGCCAACUCCACUGCCAUCCUCCACCCUUCCUCCAGGCAAGGCAGCCAGCUAAAUCUCAAUGACCACUUGCUUGGCCACUCUCCAAGUUCCACAGCCACAAGUGGGCCUGGUGGAGGCAGCCGGCACCGGCAGGCCAGCCCCCUGGUGCACCGGCGGGACAGCAAUCCCUUCACGGAGAUAGCUAUGAGCUCCUGCAAAUACAGCGGUGGGGUCAUGAAGCCCCUCAGUCGCCUCAGCGCCUCUCGCAGAAACCUUAUCGAGGCCGAGCCUGAGGGCCAACCCCUCCAGCUCUUCGGUCCCAGCAACCCCCCAGAGAUUGUCAUCUCCUCCAGGGAGGAUAACCAUGCCCACCAGACUCUACUCCAUCACCCCAACGCUACCCACAACCACCAGCAUGCUGGCACCACUGCCGGCAGCACCACCUUCCCCAAAGCUAACAAGCGGAAAAACCAAAACAUUGGCUAUAAGCUGGGACACAGGAGGGCCCUGUUUGAAAAGAGAAAGCGACUGAGUGACUAUGCUCUGAUUUUUGGGAUGUUUGGAAUUGUUGUUAUGGUGAUAGAGACCGAACUGUCUUGGGGUUUGUACUCAAAGGAUUCCAUGUUUUCGUUGGCCCUGAAAUGCCUUAUCAGUUUAUCCACCAUCAUCCUGCUGGGUUUGAUCAUCGCCUAUCACACGAGGGAAGUCCAGCUCUUUGUGAUCGACAAUGGUGCAGAUGACUGGCGGAUAGCCAUGACCUACGAGCGUAUCCUCUACAUCAGCCUGGAGAUGCUGGUGUGUGCCAUCCACCCCAUUCCUGGAGAGUACAAGUUCUUCUGGACCGCACGCCUGGCCUUCUCCUACACCCCUUCUCGGGCAGAGGCGGAUGUGGACAUCAUCCUGUCCAUCCCCAUGUUCUUGCGCCUGUACCUGAUCGCCCGAGUUAUGCUGCUGCACAGCAAGCUCUUCACCGACGCCUCCUCCCGAAGCAUCGGGGCCCUCAACAAGAUCAACUUCAACACCAGGUUCGUCAUGAAGACGCUCAUGACCAUCUGCCCCGGCACGGUGCUGCUGGUGUUCAGCAUCUCUCUGUGGAUCAUCGCCGCCUGGACCGUACGCGUCUGCGAAAGGUACCACGACCAGCAGGACGUGACCAGUAACUUUCUGGGCGCCAUGUGGCUCAUUUCUAUCACGUUCCUGUCCAUCGGUUACGGGGACAUGGUGCCCCACACCUACUGCGGGAAAGGUGUCUGCCUUCUCACUGGCAUCAUGGGUGCAGGGUGCACUGCCCUUGUGGUGGCUGUGGUUGCCCGCAAGCUCGAACUCACCAAAGCAGAGAAGCAUGUUCACAACUUCAUGAUGGACACUCAGCUCACCAAACGGAUCAAGAAUGCCGCCGCCAACGUCCUGCGGGAAACAUGGCUAAUCUAUAAACACACAAAGCUGCUAAAGAAGAUUGACCACGCCAAAGUCAGGAAACAUCAGAGGAAGUUCCUCCAAGCGAUCCACCAACUGAGGGGUGUCAAGAUGGAACAAAGGAAGCUGAGUGACCAAGCCAACACCCUGGUGGACCUUUCCAAGAUGCAGAAAGUCAUGUACGACCUAAUCACAGAGCUCAAUGAUCGGAGUGAAGACCUGGAGAAGCAGAUCGGCAGCCUGGAAGCCAAGCUGGAGCACCUCACGGCCAGCUUCAACUCCCUGCCCCUACUCAUCGCAGACACCCUGCGCCAGCAACAGCAGCAGCUGCUCACUGCCUUCGUGGAGGCCCGCGGCGUCAGUGUGGCGGUGGGAACUAGCCACGCACCUCCCUCUGACAGCCCGAUCGGGAUCAGCUCCACCUCCUUCCCAACCCCAUACACAAGUUCAAGCAGUUGCUAAAUAAAACUCCCCACUCCAGAAGCAUUACCCAUAGGUCUUAAGAUGCAAAUCAACUCUCUCCUGGUCGCUUUGCUAUCAAGGAAGUUUCAGACCAGGGACGGAAGGAAGAGAAGUGGAGCUGAUGAACUAAUUCAAGUUCUUUCGGCGUGCUUGGUUCGAUUUGCCUUGAAACCAGACGUCUAAUCUUUGUUUAGGUGCCUCUACUUGGGAGCUGGAAGAGGAGGUGACUGGAAGCAACACCUCUGUCAGGGCCCUUGCUGCAGAGCUGGCGGAGGACAGAAAUCCCUACUCAAUCUCAGGUUUUCACAGGGAGGUGGGGAGGGGCAGCCACUCUGAGGCAGCUGAAAGUGAAGUCAGCCAAAGUGGGGUGCAUUGGGCAAGGGUGGUAUCAGGUUUGGGAAAGGAACUGCCUUGGGACCUUAGAGGUGUCUCUCCCAUCCUUUUGUCCAAGGAAGCCCCUGGGUGGUAAAAGUAAAAAGAGAGCUGCCCAGAACUUUCCAAAAUGGACAUACCCAAAGUAGAUUGGGGGAGGGGGGCAUAGACAAAUGAAAAGCCAGAUUUUCCAUCCAAUAAUACUAUUGAACACACACACGCACACACACACACAUGUUCCAUCUAGGUCCUUUUUUCUUUGAGUUGAGCCCAAUGAAAAGGACCUGGUUCCUUGCUGUGCACAUGGUGAGGAAGGUCUAAAUCUGCAUUGAGACCAAGUGUGAGGUGUGUUUGGUAGAAGUUUGCAGGUACUGGCCACAUUCUACGUCACUGAAGAUUCGGGUCUCUCCUCCACAAUGUCCUAGACGCACACCUUGCCUGAUUCUAGUGUGUGCCAUCCCCAAACUGUUGGCAUUCUGGAGAGAGAAGCAGAUGUCUAAAAAUAACGGUUUCCCAGAGUUUUCUUCCGGCCAAAUAAGCUGUGUCUGAUGGGCCCUGCAUUCUCAGUGUCUGUAUGUGGGAGAUGAGAGUGUGCCCGAUGCCACCGUAGUGAACAGGACCGCUGUCCGGGCUUUGCUGAGGUAUCAUCACCCAGGUGUAGGAUCGUGAAAGGGCCAGUUACUGAGUUGGGCGAAGGAUGGAGAGUGUUCCUGUGGUGCCCUCUACCUCACCUGGACUCACCUCAAAAUGAAACACUGUGAGAGCACAGGGAGCCCCAGGACGUGGGUAAAUGAGGGGUUCAUUUGUUAGAAGCCUGUUUCUGUUCUGUCGUGUUCGUUUUGCAGCAAAAACUACUCCAGUGAAUCUCAAAGCUCAUAGACUCCAGAACCAUCUAGAUCCAGGCUAGGAAUAGGCGCUCGGUUUGCUUCACUGCCCCGUGGUCUGACCAUACACAGCAUCUGGGAUGUGAGAACUGCCAGUUAUCACUUCCCCACUCUGCGGUCCUUGAUUUCUGCUUGUAAGAAGUUAUGUAUGGAGUAGUUCAUCUGUCUUUGGUAGAACAAAAGGGUGUUAUCUGUGUUUGGUUACUGUCUUGAGAAUAGCCCUGUGAGCAGCUAUUAUGGCCACCCUGGAGGCACUGCCUUACUGUGUGGGUUUUUCUUGUGCAAUGGUGGUCCUGGUCCUGUUAGGACAGGGAUGGCUGGAUAUUAAGGUGGACAGCUAUGGCGUGGAGGUCACUCGGUUUCUUUGCUUAGUCUCUUGUUCAUCAUACUGUCUUGCUGUCUUGUGCUUUGUUUUGCAGUGCUGGAGACCAGACCUGCGGUCUCAUACAUGCUAGGCAAGUGCGGUUCCCCUCACCCACACCCCAGCCUGCUGCUGUUGUCUUAAUGGCCUAUCUUCUUAAUGGCCUAUCUCCAUCUCUCCCCUGAGCCUUUUCAUUAGCUGUUUUGCACACCAGAGAGGCCACAUUUGUCGUUAGUGUUUAAUUCUUUCUACUUGUUCUUUUAAUUAUUAAUUAUCUGAAAGAUUAUUUUUAUCCCAAGAAUGGUAUUGCUGUUUGCAGUUUAACCAAACCGACAGGCACGUAUACAAACAGAUGAGAUGGCCUUGCGCCCCACACCCCCCCCUCCCCCCCCCCCCCCCCCCCCCCCCCCCCCCCCCCCCCCCCCCCCCCCCCCCCCCCCACCCCGCCCCCCCCCCCCCCCCCCCCCCCCCCCCCCCCCCCCCCCCCCACAGCAUUGGUUGCAUUUUGCAGAAUGACGGCUCCUGAUGGGCCCACUUCCUGCUCAUUUGGCCUAGAGCCCUGGACUGGUUUUCUCUGCUCUCCCCUUGCAUCCUGCUGUGAUCUUGUUCAGGGUGGGCACGCAUGGCACAGCUCGAGAUUAGCCUCCACUUCACAAAUGACUUGCGAGAUUCCACUGCCUCUGCUGCCUUGUGUCCAUCCUGGUCUGGACGUCAUCUGAAAUCUGUCUCUUUGUUGAUUUUCUUGCUAAGUAAACCCUGGAGACUAAGCUGGCAAUGCUAAUCCAGAGAAUGGCUGGAGUUGUUUCCAGGAGGGUACCACUAGCAUCGGAGAGACAUGUGGGCGUAUUUGUAGGGUAGCCUGGCCUACUGGAAGUGCAAUAACUGUGUAUGGUUUUAUCUCUAGCGAAAGAAUAUACCUCGUGAAAAGUGACAGGAAUCUGAAGGUUGGUUCUGCAAUGACAAAUGAACUUCCGCUUCUGUCCUAGUAUUUCAGCUCGACAUGGGAAGUAACACUUCUCUUGCAAAUACAAUCAGCCCUCCAUGGCCUAGGUAUUGGGGAUCCUGGUUAUAGCUCAUGCAGAUAUGUUCCUCCAUCUUUCGGCUGAUCCCACAUCACCUGAGUAUCUCCGACAGUAGGAAAGGAGGCUAACAGACCCUAUGGCUGUAUGUUAGUGGGACAAGUUUGAGUCUCAAGAGUGGGCUGCAUAUUCAAACCAUGAAUUACUGUAAUGUUACUCUAGCCCUGAACUGGUCGAAUUCCACCCACUCCUGGAAGGCUUGCCAAUGGCAGAGGCCUUCCUGCCAUCCUUCAGGAAUGCAGUAGCAUAUGGAAGCACUCCAAUAUUUCCCCAAAUAUCUGGACACUUGAAUUAAAAACCUAGAGCCACCCUCUCAUCGCUUAAGCCAUAUUAUAGCUUCAUGUACUGUGAAGUCAGGGAUGUACUGUGAUACUCCAGGACCACUGAGCUCAGAGGGAUUUGGGACAUAGCAUCAGCUGGUCAUUUACACCCGGCUAGAAGCCCAUUCCUUCUUAGAUUGAAGUCCAAAUAAAAAUCCGCACCUUUGGCUCAAAGGCCACGCAUGCAAUCAUUAUCACUAAAUUGUCAUGAAGUGUCUGAGAGCCAUUUUUACCACCUUCAUAAUGUCUAACUCCAUGACAUCAUGUCUUGAUAUGAUCCAAAAGAUUACGAGGGGCAUAGCCAUGAGUCACCAGCGACUGUGACCCCAGUAGGGUCCAGCGCUGUAUGUAACAACAAUCUUGUAAAUUAGAUGUAGAAACUGUACAUGAAACUUAGUUCUCAAGUGCUUAGCAAGUUAUUAAAGGCCAAGAAAGGGCAUUGAAAAAUGAUGAUUUUUAAUAUAUUUAGAGAUCUUCCCCUUCACUUUGCAGUAAUCUCCUUACAAAGAAGUCAUGGGAAGAAGAAAACUGGGGAUACAUACAAAAUCAGAAUAGAGAAAACGUUGAGACUGGAGUCGCAUAUCUGGCCAGUAUGUCUUGGCUAGUGUGUGUUUCAAGGUGAAGAUGAGCUGAUAAUUCAGUUCAAAGUAUUUGGUAAAGGACAGAUGAGACCACUGCUGUCAGCACAGCAGUACUGACCGCUAACCCACACUUGGAUGUUAUAUCUGAGCGUAGGGAAAGUUACCAAAAAGGAAUCAGAUAGAGAGUAAAGUCAACAGGGCAAAAUAUGGGGUGUGUGCAUAGUUCUGGAAGCCCCCCUCCUCCAGAGUGUGACAAACAGUGAACCCAAAGCUAGUCAGUGUUUCAUCUCCAAACAGACAGCCAGGCUGCUGCUGGAGACGCCCAGCAGCGACCCUGUGACGUCACUGCCCUUCCUCAGCUACUGCUCUGACAUGCUCAAACAGGCCCCUUCUCAUGCAGCCACUCCACUGCCCCAAACUUCUAGACGCAGAUUAAGGAUCCAUUCGUGGUCAUUUUGCUGUCCCUGUUGGCUCCAUGGCCUCUGGUUUCAGUCCCUUAGACAGCGAUCUGCAGGCUUCCUGGCAGCCAUGAACAGUCCCUUCUCUACCCUUCAGUCAGUUGACUUGAUCAUGCCUUGGGUAGCAUCCCUUCCUUCUCUACUACUGCCAAAGCAAACAUCUGGGGAAUGGGAUUGUAGCUAGCCCUAAGACGGGGAGCGGAGGGGUAGCAAUAGUGUCCGCCUGUGGUAGCAGGAGGCUUUCGCAAGGCUGCAUGAAUAGCCACUGACAGUUAACCCUGGCAGACAAAGAAUACAUAGAUUUUUAUUGAAUUAGGCCACAUCUUAUGAACAAGUGCCCUGUGCCGCAGCCAAUAGACAACCACAGAGGGGACCGUAACUACGAUCUUUUUGUCUUACGCCCUUACUGGAAGCACUCAAACAUGAACUGGAGUUCCCUCUGAACAACAUGUCAAAUCUUCAACAGACCACCUCCAAACCAGGUGCCAUACGCCUUGCCACAGUUGUUUACACACCGAGAAAUGUGUUCUGGAAGCUGUGACCUCGGGCCUGGACUGAAAAGGGACCUUGUGACCAAUCAAGCUGGUGGAGGAAAAAGCACAAACUUCAAUACCAACCUCUAGUCAAGAUCCCAAAGAAAUGCUGACAUUUCUGGAAAAAUAAAUAAAUAAAAUAAAAAAUAAAUAGGAACAGUGGCAAAUAAAAAACACAACCAAAUCUGACGGAGCAGCCUACAUCCAGCUUCCCGGAGCGAGGACGGGGCUAAACACCAUUCUCCAGCGGUAUCAGUUUUUGGAUCCCGACCAGGGCUGAUCCACCUUCAUCAUACGUGGAGUUUAAAUGGCGCAAUGACGUGACGGAUUUAGUCCCAGACUCUCCAUUCUGUGCUGGCCACACGAGAACAAAAGCGAGCGAUAGGAUGUUGAUGGAGGAGCCAUUUUCAUAGCAAACUCAGAAAUGGAAGUGUUUAUAUUCCAAACUAGACGGGCUUCAGUAUGAAUUUGCAUCUUGCCUCUGUACUGCUUGCUAUUUUUUAACGAUAGGAGAAAGCAUAACAGUUUAUUUUAAAUAUGAAAUAUAUUGCUAUAUUAUGAAAUAUAUUGUAACUUUCGAUUAACAUUUUGUAUCGAGCUAGUCUUUAGCAGGCUGAGUGACAGCCUGCUUUCCUAACGACUGUUUCUGAGUACACAUCGCUCUUAGUGGUUGCCUGACCCCCAGGCCCAGGUCCUGGUUCCACAGCGUGCCAGACGGCCAUAUCCUCAUUCUCCAAGACUAAGUGAGUAGUAGAGAUGAAAAUAGCCCUGACAUGAACUUAGAAGAAUCAUUCUACCCCCAGUUCUACCAAGCCAUUUCAGAAGUGAUGUUUAAACCAUCACCCCUUCAGGAGCUGUCAGCCAGUUUAGUACUGGCGUAGACUCUUUCCAUCUAAAUGCAAAGGGCCCAUUCUGUACAUUAUUGCCUCGGGCACAGCCAACCAGCUUUCCUCUGGCAAUAUCAGAAUUAGGCAUUAAAAAACAGUCUUGUUUACUUUGCCUCAAAAUACUCAAAAUUCUUAGCGUUGAGUUUUUCAGUAUAAGAGGGCAACCAAGAUUAGAAUUCUCUGCAGGCAGGACCCAGUGAGAAGUGAAUGUGCCCUUCUCUGAGUUGCAGUCUCUCUGGGGGAUCAAGGUUUCUGCAGUUUGUCAUUGGUGCCUGAGGAGGAGACCCACAGAAAGCUGGCUUCCUUGUCUGCUCUUUACUCUCACUGGGAGGAGGUAGGCCUGACCACCGCAUUUCCCCUAAGUGGCUCACGAAACCCAUUCCCUCCUCACCACAGCACCUGAGACACACGUAGAGUUUCAGAGUUCCUUCCUUUGAAUUGCCAUGGUCUUAUCCUGUACCAUAGUGGAUGAAGGAAGUCUUCCAUAAGUCCACACGUCUCCCGUGAGGACCUUGCUUCUGGCCAUCACUCCUACAGAACACUGGACAGGUGCAGACCAAGUAGCAUCAGGGGAGAGCUACCUGCCUGCCUCUUCCCUUCACCAACUCUAGAAACGCACGCAGAUUCACAGAGCAUGCAAGACCAUAGGUGCUGCCCUGGACAAGAAUCUAGAAAUCUCCAAGUCUCCCUGAAUUUCAGCCUAGAUAGGGCUCGGGCCUCCACGGCAUCUGUUAGUCAUGCCCAAUGGCAGGCAAGUAUCUAAAUGCCCGGUACCAAUCGGCUGGGGAAGCCAGGGCUAUCUGUGUGCGCAGGUCGUGUUUCUUUCUCUCCGCAUCUGCACUGCUCCUCAGUUAUCUGCUAGGCUGAGCUUCAUUAAAGCCAUCAGAACUCCAGGGCACCUGUUUUUAGCACAUUUCUUACUCACUGGGCAAUGGAAAUGAGCUAACUCUCAAUUCGGUAAUUGACUGAGAGACAUUGAUUUAUUUCUUUAUACAUCUCCUGCUCAAAACUGGAGCUGUUUUGACUUUUCCGCCUAGUACUUUGUAGACCAGCUACGAUGUUUACAUGUAUAGAGAACAUGUAUAUUCUUCUGACCUUUGCCAUCGAUGCAGUAACUCAUCCACAGUCAAGGAUACGAACCUAAAUUCCAGAUCUCGAGGAAGCAGGCUCUGGGCAAUAAUUCAUGUGCAUAGCCAUAUACUGAUCCUUGCUACUCCCGGUAAAAGCCAGAGACUGACAGCGUUCACAUCCCCUUAAGCCCUUAGACUCAGAUCCACAGGCCCCAUGCCGAGCCCACUCAAUCACAACUGGCAUUUCAACCAGAGCCCCUGGAGAUCUGUAUGCAGUCAACACGGAGAAGGGCCGGCCUCACCACACUGCAAUGGUAAUCAAUAAUUCAGAAAUUCUGCUAUUUCUUUCGCAGGCCUCAGUUACCAAAUUGUUUGGUAAUGGACAGGUCUUACAUGAUUGUAAGGAUAAAGAUGCGUGCAUCUUAAAAUUUCAUUUGCUGUUGCACAGCCUAAUGAUAGGCAUGGACCGUACUAUCAGGAGGAGUGGCCUUUCUUGAGUGUGAUGUGAAAAUCACUCAAGUCACAGCAUCGAGCCCCCUCAGAGCCCCCUCUGAGCCUAUGCGAGUGGCCGUCGGAGGAUAAGGUGGAGCCAGGACAAGUCCCUGGAUAGAAGGCGCCUGGGUUUCUCCCAGUGCAGCAUUGGGCAUCUCUGGUCCCUUGUCCCUCCAUGAAGAAGGCAGCCUUCCCAGUGAGGACUCUCCUCCUAGGGACUAGAAAAAGAACUCAGUCCAGCCAUUCAGACACAGUCCGAAUCUCCUAAGGCUAUUCUUCUGUUCGUCGCAUCAGGCCGGGUGGGCAAGGAAAGAUGUGAGUUCUGAUAUUGGCACCCUAAAUUGAUAUGUACCCAGAAACAGUUAUGUUCUAAAUUAAUGGCUUUAACCUGUUCAUUGUAAAAAGUGCCUUGGACUUCAAUCUAAAAGAGGUCAGUAUAAAUAUCUAUGUGUGUGUGAUGUGUAUGUAGGCAAAUAUUUACAUAUUUAUACAUACAUAGGUGCACACACAUAUACCUGCACAUUCAUAUAUAAUAUAUACAUACAUAUAUAAAUGCUUCAUAAUAUAUCAUAUUGCUAUUCACAGCUUCAUAUUUUGUUUGGUCCUAUGUUUAUUUGUUUAGUGAGAUCUUUACAUAGAAAGGUUCUAUUCAGGAAAUGGAUGUAUUUUUUGUUUGUUUUUUACUUUUUAUUAAAAAGGUAAAGAAUAUUAAAAGACA